CUACCGAACGCAGGUUGCGAAAUAGCAGAAACGCCGCGUUAUUCUGGUUCUGAUAAACGAGAGGCAUGUAUAAUAGCAACAAAAAAAUGGCAAGUUGGUGAUGAAAUCAAAUACUGCACUGGAGUUCUUGUUCCUAUCACUAGCGAAGAGGAACGAGCUCUUGAAGGCGGAAGAGAUUUCAGUAUAAUGUGGUCAACCAGAAAAGAUUGCAUGUGUUUACUUCUUGGACCAGCUAGGUUUGUUAAUCAUGAUUGUAACCCAAACACACAUUUUAUUGCGACGGGACAAAAUACAAUCUCUUUUAAAUUGCUUAGAGACGUAGCGGUUGGUGAAGAACUAACAGCUCAUUAUGGUGAAAAUUAUUUCGGUCAAGGCAAUGAAGAAUGUCUUUGUGUAACCUGCGAACAAAAACAAACUGGC